UAAUUAACUUAGUUUAUGGUGGCUCUCUUCUCUAUGAAUCGUUCAUGGAAACUCUUUUUUAAGUCCUUAUUCGAAAGGUAUUGGACGUGGAAAUGUAAGGUCCUAAGGUGCUUCCUCCUUCGACCAAUUUCUCUUCUUGCUGCAAAGAUUUGGCGGGCUGUAUUGAUUUCCUUGUGGAGACCAUAUGCCUUGACUAGAAGCUUCAGAGAGCAAGGUGUUGAGGGCCCACCUUACUUGCUCUUCAGAGGUUCUCUAAACGAGCUGAAGAGGUUGAAGAUGGCUGCAAAUCAAACUGUUCUGGAUCACCACUCGAACGACAUCGUCCAAAGAGUUCUUCCUCAGUACCACAAAUGGUCUCCACUAUAUGGAGAAACAAUUCUGUAUUGGCAUGGAACGAGGCCAGUAAUUUGCAUAACAGACCCUGAGCUGGCCAAGCAAAUUUUAUCAAACAAGUUUGGCUUCUAUGCAAAACCAGAUCUGAGUCCUGCAAUACUAGCAUUGACAGGUAAUGGAGUAGCUGUAGUGAAUGGACUGGAAUGGGUUAGGCGCAGAAGGAUUGUCAAUCCUGCUUUCUCAGUGGACAAGAUCAAGGUUAUGGUAAAGAGCAUGGCCACAUGUAUCGUAUCCAUGCUUGAUGAAUGGGAAAACCAGGCCAGUGCAGCUGAGGACCAAUGUAAAAAGAUAGAAAUGAAAGCAGAAUUUCUAAAGCUUACUGCUGAUAUAAUAGCCCAUACGGCAUUUGGUAGCAGCUAUGCUCAAGGUAAAGAAGCCUUUGAAGGACAAAAUGAGCUUCAGCACUAUUCCGCAGCUUCCACCCUGAAUCUUUUCAUACCCGGCAGCCAUUAUCUUCCAACUCCGUCAAACCUUCAGCUAUGGAAGCUAGACAGAAGAGUAAGGAAUUCUCUAAGGGCCAUUAUAAACGGUAGAUUGAAUUCUAGUACUUCAGAUUGCAGUUAUGGAGACGAUCUACUUGGUUUGCUGAUGGGAGCCUCAGAAAAUGCUGAAAAGAAAGAUGGCCCCAAGUUAAACAUGGAUGAAAUUGUGGAGGAGUGCAAAACAUUCUUUUUUGCGGGGCAUGAAACCUCAUCAAAUCUGCUAACUUGGACUCUCUUCUUGUUGAGCUUACAUCAAGAUUGGCAAACAAGAUUAAGAGAAGAGGUGUUGAAAGAAUGCAGGAUGGAAAUUCCUGAUUCAGACAUGUUGGGCAGGUUAAAGCUAGUAAACAUGGUUCUGCUCGAGGCAUUGAGAUUGUACUGUCCGGUGGUAGAUAUGUACAGACAAGCCUCAAAGGACAUGAAACUGGGAAAUUUGAUGAUUCCAAAGGAUGCAUGGAUAACAAUUCCCCUUGCAAAGAUUCAUAGGAGCAAAGAACAUUGGGGAGAGGACGCAAACGAAUUCAAUCCAAUAAGGUUCGCAAACGGGAUAUCCAAGGCCGCAAAACACCCAAAUGCUUUUCUUGCCUUCGGAAUAGGUCCAAGAACUUGCAUAGGUCAGAACUUCGGUAUGCUGGAAGCAAAAGCUGUCCUUGCAAUGAUUCUUCAGAGGUUUUCCUUUACCCUUUCCCCUGAGUAUAAACAUGCUCCGAUCAACAACCUUGCUUUGCAGCCACAAUAUGGCCUCCCCAUUGUUAUCAAGCCUUUGCUCGCAUAGAACAAAUAGCUUGCUGGGCCUAAAUUAAAUAAAAGUUCCGGUGGUAAUUAUGAUCCGUUUGAUCGAAGUUUCUCAUUCAAAUAGUUUAUAUGAUUCACUAAAAUAUUUAAACUCAUCAAUGUUAUUUGACUAUCUUUUCAAA